AUGAAUAAUCUCUUGAUAGCAAUCAGUUUAGUAAUUCUUCUUGUGACAUUCCCAUCAAAAUCAGAUUUAGAAAUUGAUGAUUCCUCAGAUAAUGAUUAUGCUGAUAGCAAUGACGAUGGUUAUAGUGAAGAAGAAGAUGAAUAUACGACCAAAGGAGAAUUUGUUGAAACUGAUGGCAAAUGGAAGAAUUGCAGUUCUCAUGCAGAUUGCUAUGAUUAUCGUGAACCAAUAGCUUGGUGCAAACCCACUGCAAAUCAAUUUUGGACAGACAAAGGUUGCUUCUGUGAAGAUAUGUUGUAUUCAUGUGUGAUCGAAAGAACGAAUAAUGGCAAAUUAGAAUAUUCAUAUUGUACAUCCAAAGAAAACUGGCAGUGUUUAUAA